AUGGGCAGUCCAUUCACAAUAGCUCUGGUGGUGCUGACACUCUUGCCCCUCGCAACUUUCCAGUGGAAAGUUAACCCUAGAAAUAAUAUUUUUGAAAAUAUUAUUUCCACCAAAUCAUCAAGUGACAAUUCAUUAGGCAGAGCUGUGAAUGGUUACUAUGAUGGAUUGUGCCGAGUUGGAAUUGGGUAUGAUAUCCACAAAAUUGUAGAUUGUGGCAGAACUUUUAAGUUGGGAGGGGUUGUUGUGAGUGAUGAGUAUCAAAUUGAUGCUCAUAGUGACGGUGAUGUUUUGUAUCAUGCCAUAGCCGAUGCCAUUUUUGGGGCCCUAGGCAAGGGCGAUAUUGGCCAACACUUCCCCAACACUCCAAAAUUUGACAACAUUAACUCUAGUGAAAUAUUAGAUCGCGCUUCUACACUAACUAAGGAGGGUGGCUACAAAAUAUACAACAUAGACGCGGUGGUAAUUUUGCAAAAAGUUAUUUUACAAAAUUACAUCUCGGAAAUGGUAGAAAAUGUUAAAAAAUCACUAUCAGAUGCAACGGAUAAUGAGACAGUCGUUAGUGUCAAGGGGAAGACCAAGGAGGGGUUGGAUUCAACGGGUAGAGGUCUCUCGGUAGAAUGCCACACAAUUGUCACUCUCAGAAAAAUCCCAUUGUACAACUAA